AUAAUGUAAUUCUUGAAAUGAUGAUCACUUGGGGAGACAAAUGGCAAGCAGAUCUAUCUAUCUAUCUUUUCUGCAGAAUUCUGUAGAAGUUGACCUCGCUAAGAGCAGGCAAGAGAAGACAAGAUCUCAACAACUCUCAGCAGCUGUGUUCCUUCCUACCUAAACAAUUUGGCGUAGCUUCGUACUUGUCCACGUUGCAUGUCCUACGACUGUGCACGUACUGCAUGCAGUGAAACCAAAUCUGAAGCUGGACUUCCGAAGCUCAGCUCACGUGAACUGCUUGUUCUUAUUCUGUGCAUCUUUGACAUCCAAGAAGUCACCUUAACUUGAUGCUGCCUAUAAGAACAAAUCCUCUCGACUCAAUCCCCACACGCAGAAGAGGUAAAAGAAAGAGGCGUAUCCUUCGAUCCUCCAUUAGAAGAUCUAAGGAUAAAAGGAAGAUGCAAAACAUAUGCGCUGGGAAGUAUUCAUGGCCGGAGCUUCUCGGAGUUGAAGGGGAGAAGGCAGCGACCAUCAUCGAGUCGGAGAAUCCAACGGUGAAGGCAAGGAUCGUCGAGGACGGCAAGGUGGUCAUCCAGGAUUUCCGGUGUGACAGGGUGUGGGUUUGGGUGAACAAGCAUGGGGUCGUUGCUCGGGUCCCUCACAUUGGCUAAGCUUCACAGGAAAAAGGUUGAAGUAGAAGAAGAAGAAGAGGUGGCAGCAGAAGCAUAAUAAUAAGUUGUGACAGUAUCAUAUCGUGGGCUUUGUUGAAUCCAAGACUCUGAAAUCGAUGUUGUUGCAUCGUUUAA